UGGAAGGAGUAGUGAUCUAAAAUUAUAUAUCUUAUAUUUCUUCUUUCCUGGCUAGUUGUGCAUUAAUCAAUCCAAACCAGAAAAGAGUUAGGUUCCAAAAUGAGAAACUAUAUGCAGUUUCUUAAUCCUCAGAUCUUGUGCUUCCUAUUUUUCAGUGCUCUAUUAUUAUGUCUAGUUGAAACAAAGUCCACCAUUGAACCAUGCAAUUCCUCAAACUCGUGCCCCUCUCUUCUCUCUUAUCUCUUGCCAUGGGACUCCAAGCUCUCCGAAAUCGCCACUCGCUUCAAUGUAAACUUUUUUGAUAUCUUGGCCUCAAACUCUCUCUUCCCCAUAACACCAUCAAGUGCACACCAAAUCCUUAGUGCCAAAUCACAAGUGAAAAUACCAAUCUCAUGUUCUUGUGUGGAUGGCAUCCGAAGGUCCAUGUCAACCAUUUACACUGUUCAUGCAGCUGAUACACUUGCUUCCAUAUCAGAAGGCUAUGGUGGAUUGGUUAGUGCUGAACAAAUCAAGAUUGUGAACGCCAUCAAUGCCACCAACCCUUUGACAUAUAGAGGCACCCUUGUUAUUCCACUGCCAUGCACGUGUUUUGACAAUGUGAAUAAUGGGGGAAAUGCUAUUUAUAUGUCAUAUGUGGUGCAGAGAAGGGAGAGCCUGGGGAGCAUAGCAACCAAGUUUGGUACAACUGUUUCGGACUUGGAAACUGUAAAUGGCUUUGGGGAAGCUACGGUAGAUCCAGGAGACAUUCUAUCUAUUCCCAUUGCAGCAUGUUCAUCAGCAACCUUGAAUUGGUACGAUGAGAGUAUGAUAGUCCCAAAUGGCUCAUAUACAUUAACUGCCACCAACUGCAUCAAAUGCACUUGUGAACCAACGGAUAUCACGUUGCAAUGUGUUCCUUCUGGACUAGACGUCCCCUGCUAUAAUUUACGUUGCAAAGGAUCCAAUCUUAUUAUUGGUGAUCAAUGUGUGGAUCUUUCACAAACAGCUUGCAAUGUGAGCCAAUGUGUUUACCGUGGCCAUAGGGGUGGCAAAAUUCUGAGUAGUAUGAAGAAAUCUUCUUACCUCGAGUGCCCGGAUAGUUUGUGUCAUAGCGGACCAUCAUGUUGGCCUUCCUCAUCACCAUAUCCUGAAGACCCAUUUGGUAUGUCUCCAAAGCCAUCCCCCUCCUUGCCACUACCAGUUUCUAAGGCUGCUCUGAGGACUCUUGCCUCCAGUGGAAGGCUUGGUCCAUUUUUAUUCAAUGUGCUGCAAUUAUUCUUGUUAAAAUUUAUCAUUUAUUUUCUGAUUUGAAUAAGCAUAUCUAGUCGAUAAUAACCCAUAUCUUUUAUUCAAUUCUACCUUAACCCUUCUUCCCUCAAAGAAAAGAAAGAUUUCAAUUUGGUGCUUUUUGGUGUACAAAGCCAUUGUUUUUUUUUUUUCUCUAUUGUAAACUUUGUUGCUUUGGUUGUUUAGUUUGUUGCUAUUUACAUGCUUUGCUUAUAGUGGAAUUUCUUUAUUGGUCUUGUGGACCUGUAGUUUAUAAGGGUUUGCAUGUAAAAAUAUUGAAAUUUCUUGUUGUAAACCGUGUUAUUUAUUUUUCUAUUA